ACCAUUUAGCACUAUAGUGUUGAGUCGUCCAGCAGUUUGAUCUGGGCACUGAAUGAACUCGACUUUUCAACUUCACUUUAGUCACUGGAAACAGAUGAAGUCUGAGGCUGAGGCGCCACUGGCAACUUGUGGACUGUCACAGUGGAUGUAGACCCACAGAUCACUCCUGGAGUGUCUGUGAAACACAUGCAGUGAUUUUUUUUAUUUUUUUAUUUCAUACAUAUUGAGAGACUCUGUCCUAUUCAAUGAUGUCUGCAGUGUGUUAACGUGCCUCAGAAACUGCUGUUUAUCUGCAGAGCUCAUCUGGCCUUGUUCGAGAGCUCCUGCCAAGGUCCUCAUAUUCGUAAAACGUCUUCAAGUUGAAGAGGAGUUUUGUGAGCAAACAUGGCACCUGCUGUCGGUGGUCCUCAAGGCUACACACCACCUGAAGGUGGCUGGGGAUGGAUGGUGGUGGUUGGGGCUUUCAUCUCUAUUGGCUUCUCUUAUGCAUUUCCGAAGUCCAUCACAGUCUUCUUCAAAGAGAUUGAGGUGAUCUUCAAUGUGACCAGCAGCCAGGUGUCCUGGAUCUCCUCCAUCAUGUUAGCAGUCAUGUACGGCGGAGGUCCUAUCAGUAGCAUCCUGGUUAAUAAAUAUGGAAGUCGUCCUGUUAUGAUGGCAGGAGGAUGCCUGUCUGGAUUGGGCCUUAUUGCUGCCUCUUUCUGCAAUACUGUUGAAGCACUGUACUUUUGUAUUGGUGUGGUGGGAGGGUUGGGAUUGGCGUUCAACCUCAAUCCAGCCCUCACCAUGAUUGGAAAGUAUUUCUACAAGAAGCGACCUAUUGCUAAUGGGAUUGCCAUGGCUGGCAGCCCCGUCUUUCUCUCCACCAUGGCUCCUAUAAACACCUGGCUCUUUGACCAGUUUGGCUGGAGAGGAAGUUUCCUGAUUCUCGGUGGCCUGCUUUUCAAUUGCUGUGUCGCUGGUUCCCUCAUGCGGCCUAUAGGACCAAAACCCAAACCUGCCGAGAAGCCCACAGAGAGGAGGACUGUAUUGCAGACCAUUAACAGCUUCAUUGACCUCUCUUUGUUCAAGCACCGUGGCUUUUUGCUUUAUAUUUUUGGCAAUGUUAUCAUGUUUUUUGGCCUCUUUGCACCACUGGUGUUCCUCAGUAAUUUUGCAAAGAGCAAAGAUAUCCCUAAAGAAAAGGCAGCUUUCUUAUUGUCUGUGCUGGCUUUUGUUGACAUGGUUGCCCGGCCCUCUAUGGGCAUUGUGGCUAACACCAAAUGGGUGCGGCCCAGAAUACAGUACUUCUUUGCUGCCUCUGUGUUGUACAACGGUGUGUGCCAUGUUCUCGCUCCAAUGUCGGUAGACUACAAAGGCUUUGUUAUUUAUGCCAUCUUCUUUGGGUUUGCAUUUGGCUGGCUAAGCUCAGUGCUUUUUGAGACCUUGAUGGAUCUGGUGGGAGCUCAACGCUUCUCCAGUGCUGUUGGGCUGGUCACUAUUGUGGAGUGUGGUCCUGUAUUGUUGGGGCCCCCUUUGCUCGGGAAGUUCAAAGACAUCUAUCAUGAUUACAAGUACACAUACCAGGGCUGCGGGAUCCUCCUCAUCGUCUCCAGUUUCUUCCUGUUUGCAGGGAUGGGACUCAACUACCGUCUGCUGGCCAAAGAGAAAAAAGAGGAGGAGAGAAGGGCGAGGGUGGGAGGUAGAGAACAAAAGUCCAACAGGGACAACGCUGCCAAGGAAGUGGCAGAGGCUAGGAGCACAGAAGACACUGUCUAAUAUUCUGUACCAUGUUAAGUUACAUUUUAGUUCUGUUUUAUGUUGAAAAUGAAAAACAGAUGCAUGUGUGAAACAGCACAGAUAGACUUUUUUCUGUCUCAUUUAUGGCUUCUCUGCUGUUUCAUAAUAUGCUGUUUUUGAAGCCUUGUACGCAAUCCAAUGUAAAAUAUUAACACACCUAUUAAAGGCCUUUAAACUCUAUUGAACAAUCCAUAUAAUAUACCUCUAACAUUCUUAUAGGGACUGUGUUUGGUAGAUUAUUCAAGUUUGCUUAGUGUUUUAUGUCACUAUAUAUUAGGGUAUUAUGUUUUUUUUUUGUUUUGUUUUUUUUUUAUCUCACAUGGUAUCACCAUAACUCUUCUGUAACUUUACUGCAGCACAUUAUAUAUAUAGUAUACUAACUUUCUAAAAAUGUGCCAUCAGAUAAUUUAAGUUAGUUUCACCAGGGAACAUGUGCAGUACAGGGUUUUAUUUUUUAAAAGAGAGACUGCAUUCAAACAUUCUCUAUGAAAGUUCUUAAUUAUAGUAUUCAACUCACUUAUCACACCAUCUCUCAACACAUGUAUAAAUACCUUUUUUGUUCACAAGGACCUGAUAGCACAGUGCAGUAUUUCAGGGUUUGAAAACACUCUUGGUGCUACUAUCACUUUGUAUAUUCCACAAAUAUAUUCACACUAAUUUUUCUCUUUUAAACGUGUUGUCCUGGUCCAUUUCUGAUGAUGGAUGACUGGAAUCAUCAAUAAUUAUGAGGGCAUUAAAACUUGUUGCAUAGCUUUGUGUAUUCAGAUAAUAGAAAGAUGUGUCACUGACUACAAGUUACUGUAUAUGAAACACAUGUCAGAAAAUCAAAUAAAUUGUCAACUGACAAGAAUAUAAAAGUCCUCUGUAUUCUAUGCUUCACAUAAAUAUUAAAUGAGGAAAAACAUUAGUUCUUUAGAGAUGUGAAAACACUAUUUUUCUUAGUAACUACAUCUGUAUUGUAGCAUCAUUUAUUAAACAGAUUGGAUGAAAGAGGUUCAUUAUUAGAUUUACUGACACUUGUUGUUUUGUAAGACAAAUGCUUCCACAGCAUCAAGUCAUUUUUAUCAAAUUAUGCUCUUGCCAUUGGGUAGCCUAUAAUAAUCUCUGACAUUUCCACUGGUUGAACAUUGCAAUGUCAACAUGUUUAAAACUGUACAUUUGUGCAUUGUUGCAAGUUUCA